AAACUGUUUAAUUUGCACGUAAACACUCUGAAAAAGGUGAAAAUUCUAGGAAAAAUUGAAAAAUUGGAUUCGUAAAAUCCAUACGGAUGUCGUACAAGUGAAUCUGGCUUCGCAUAAACGGGCAGCCAAAAUGCAUCUAUCUCAGGAUGUGUCCAGCGCGCUGCAGCAGAUCGAAUUCGUCAAGCAGACGGUAGAGGAAAUGGAUUCGAGUAAGCUGCAGCUAAAUGUGAUGGACGAUCUGAAGCUGGUUAUUGAUCUGCUGCAAGAUCCGGUUUUUCGCAACAUUGUCCAAAUUCAGGACUCGUUGGCUGAGUUGAACCAUCAGAUAACGCAACAUCCGUCGAUUCUGCCCGGAGAUUUUGAUAUUGCCAACAGUGGCGAAUUGGUGCUGAAUGUUCCGCCAGCUUCGGAUUUGUUUGCCGAAUCCGAUUUUCCGGACGAGCAGCGUGUACCGUCAGCACAGAUUUCACCCGGAAGUCCAGCUCCGCCAGCAGUACAGUCGCAAUCGCAGCAAAAGUUGAUCCUAAUGGAACAUCCGUUGCAGAGUAAUCAGCAAGGACUGCUGCAGGCACAGCCAUUGCAUCCAGCUCCUUUGAAACGAACGAACGAGCUCAUGGAUGUGUCUGGAGAGAACCGUCAGCAGCACGAUACUCAAGAAGAUUCACUCAUCCAUCCGGGUUUGUACGAUACACCAAAACCUGCCGUGGAUGCCGCGGAACCUGCUGAAUGGUCGCGAAUCUUAGAUAUCGAAUUGGUUAACGAUGGAACCGGGCUGGGAUUCGGCAUCAUCGGAGCUCGUGCCACCGGAGUGACAGUGAAGACUAUUCUGGUCGGUGGUGUGGCGGAUCGCGAUGGAAGACUGCAGUCUGGUGACCAGAUUUUGCAGAUUGGGGAUGUCAAUUUACACGAAAUGGUAUCCGAACAGGUUGCUUCGGUUUUGCGGCAAUCUGGAACGCACGUUCAACUGGUUGUUGCCAGACCAAUCGAUGCAAGCAACGGUGCUAUUGAAGAGUUCGAUAAUUCGGCUAUCGUCCCUACGGUUUUGUUGUCAAAUCCUUUGAAGCUAAAGCAAUAUCUGGCCGACUCCGGAUAUCCGGAGAUUUUUAGCGUUUAUUCAGUCGGUAAUUUGGACAAGGACGCAUUUGACAAGGACAGUCCAAUCGAUUUUCCGGAGACUGAAGUUUUCACUGUGGAACUGAUAAAGGAUCAGAACGGUUUGGGUAUCACGAUUGCCGGUUACGUUUGCGAAAAGGAAGAAUUGUCUGGAAUUUUUGUGAAGAGUGUCUCGCCAGGAAGCGCGGCAGAUUUGAGUGGAAAAAUUCAGGUUAAUGACCGAAUCAUUGAAGUAGACGAUCAAUCACUGCACGGCUUUUCGAAUCACCAAGCCGUUGAUGUUCUGAAGCAAAGCGGCCAUGUAGUUAAACUAUGUUUAGAGCGCUACCUGCGCGGUCCAAAAUAUGAUCAGUUGCAGCAGGCCAUAGCUGCCAAUGAGAUGAAACCUCCUACGCCGGCUACACCGCCACCCGCACUUCCUAUUGGUGGUACCGAUUUAUCUAAGUAUGGGAACAAUAUAUUGGAUAUUGUUCCCCGAACCGCUGGAGUUGAUAAGCGUAAUUUUUACGACGAAGAUGACGACGACAAUCUCAUGAUGAUGGGUGAUCCGGAUCAACAGCUGGAAACAAUGAUGGCACACAAGAAGCUUGCUCGUGCCAAGGAUUCUAUUGAAAGUCAAGAGUAUCGAGAGAAAAUGAAGGAUGCCUCUAUCAUCCCUCCGCCGGUGUUAUCUUCUGGAGAGGCAGAUUUGGAUUUGUUGCUGGCAGAUAACUCUGCCUUGGGGCUCGUCAAGCACGGUAAACAGCGCAGUUCGCUCAAGAUAACACAGGAGACGGAAGCUUUUAUCGUAAAAAAAUGGAACAACAUUCUGGGCGCGAAUAUAAAAAUAAUUGUUGCAAAUAUCCGAAAGUUUAACGCCUGCAGUGGACUGGGUAUUUCUUUGGAAGGAACGGUUGAUGUCGAGGGAGGCAAGGAAGUACGACCGCAUCAUUACAUUCGAUCGAUUUUGCCAGAAGGCCCGGUAGGGCAGAACGGACUAUUGCGCUCCGGCGAUGAACUGCUAGAGGUCAACGGACAGCGGCUUCUCGGAAUGAACCACUUGGAGGUGGUUUCUAUUCUGAAGGAACUGCCGCAAGACGUGUGCAUGGUGUGCGGUCGUGGUGAUCAGGAAAUGUUGCAAUUCACUGAGGAAGCAUUGAUUAGUACUUUGGAGGAAGAGGUAGCAAAGGGCAGAGCCAGUGCCAGCGGCGGCGGCAGUGGAUUGCAGAGUAGUCUGACACCAUCGGAAAGACUAGUUAAGGCCAAGAGUGAUGGUAGUUUGGCCACAACGGGCGGUACUAAUGAUGGGUUUUCAAAGAUCAAAUCUAGAAGCUUGGAACCACUGACUGGGUUAGCCAUGUGGAGCUCGGAGCCACAGAUAAUUGAGCUGGUCAAAGGGGAACGUGGGCUUGGGUUUUCUAUUCUGGAUUAUCAGGAUCCACUGGAUCCGAACGACACUUUGAUUGUUAUUCGGUCGUUGGUUCCAGGAGGAGUUGCACAGCUGGACGGCAGAUUGAUUCCAGGUGAUAGAUUAUUGUUUGUGAAUGACACUGUUCUGGAGAAUGCCUCGCUAGAUCAAGCUGUCCAGGCAUUGAAAGGUGCUCCAAAAGGAGUGGUUAGGAUUGGAGUUGCGAAACCGUUACCGAUGCAAGAUUCUUCGAUAACACCGUUCGAGGAUAAAGAUAACGAUGUGGUAGGUGGCAAUUCAGGAUAUGCAGCUAACGAAAUUUCGGGACGAAAUGCUUCCGGUACUAUGUUAUCUAUGAAUAAACCGGAUAUUAUAAUGGAAUGAGUACGGUUAGUCAUAAGCAGAGAUGAAUUUCAGCGCUGUUCGACAUUAUUUAGGCAGCUAACGGAUCUUUUGCAAUUUAUCGAAAGUGUUAGUUCGUUUGCAAACGACAAACAUUUGGUUUAGGUUUCGAUUUCUUGGGGAAAUCGUUGCCGCAAUGUCUAUUGUUCAAACGAUAGCUCUCAAAUUAUACGCUGUUAUUCGUAUUCAUCAAGGCGCGUAUCUGCCACCGGCGUAGGAUGCAAGCAAAACCCUACCUUACCCGGUAUGCUUAUUUGUGUUGAGUUUUCAUCGAUUAUCGACAAUUAGAUGUAAAAGUUUUACACUCCAGAACAUCUUUACUUACCACUCCUCAUCCGACAUCCAAUCUUAUCGCUUAGUUUGAUAUUCCGCUUUCUGUUGUAAGCACUUUUCGAGCACUUUCCAGCUUCCAUAAACGUUUUUCUUUUUAUCUAUGUAUAUCAGAUCAAAUCAGCGUUUGUCGAUGGUCCUUCGGGACAGUAAUAAAAGCGCUUUCGCAGUUCAAUGUACAUCAGUAACUAAAAUUUGCCACCAAAUGCGAUACCGUAUACUACAUUCUUUAUACAAAUUCCAAAUAUGGUAUGAGAUCAUCACAUCACCUCUCGUAAAGCAUCAAACAUUCGUGUCACAUUCAGUUUCAGUUUUGUUACAACCCAUUGGCCCAUUUUUGUAUCUGUCAUGAUUUGCGCUUUGAAUCGAAAGAAUCCACGAAUUCGUUUCUGACUUAUGACGUUAAUUGGAAAUGAUGAAUAAAAUCUACCAAAACAAUGAAAGCAAAAUAUGCAAUCAACUGAAGAAAAAAAAGUUGUCCAAAUUAAUUAUUUGCGUAGAGUGUUCUACUCUACGAUAAAAAAUUUGCUGGACCUAGGAUGUGUCGGUGUUUAGAGCAACAAUAAAAAAGAAGCAAAACAUAACUACAUGCAACUGCCGAGUAGACAAAAGUAGAAUUUCGCUCGUAGUGAACAGAUCUGACUAAUUAACGGAUCAGUUUCUUCGGAAGUAAGCUUCCACGUAUGCAGCUUAGAGCAGUGCGAGUAGAAUAGUCCAUUAGAGAAUUGAACCCAACGUUUGACUACAAGUUUAACAAAUACGAAGCUCAGCUCGAUCGAUGAUAUUUUGUAUAGAGGAAAGAAAAACGUUACUUGAUCAAUUAUUUCUUGUGAACAAUCAGCUUAGUUAGAAUAUAUGGAAUUUAUCCAACCCUGAACUUAGUAUUGCUCAUUCCCUCCCAUUGCUCAGAUAGAAAUAUUGAUAGAAUGGUGGUGGUUUAAUGGAACAAAUUCGAAUAAGAAAAAAAUUAUAUCGUGAAAAAAUUUAUUUCCACCCUUGCACUAAACAAAACACCAAUCUCUGUCGCUGAAGUAAUAUGUUAAGCAAUAUUCCUACAAAAAUAGUUUUCAGAUUUGUUUUUUACAAUCUGGAAAGCAAAAGUUCCGUUUGUUACAAAAUAAUUAUGUGCAGUGUUUAGUUUAUUAAUUCACUAAUGGUAGUGACUUACAGAUUUUAUCAUCAUGAAGUAUUUAUCUUAUUAUAUUUUACUUAAAAUUUCAUAU